AUGCUCCCUCACAAAGACAACGAUCUCCCCUAUAUCCACCGCUAUAUCACCACCCACAGCACCGACGGCGAAGCAGUGUUUGUUUCCCACUCGCAAGUACCCGACUAUAUCCCAUCCACGCCAGCCGGUGAAGAUGGCGAAAUCGCCCUGCUAUACGCCACAACUAACGUCCCUACGUCUAUCGAUGACGAAGCCGAUGUGGCUAUGUACGAUGAAUUCUUGCACCAACCACCAGGGCUAACGCUUGGCUCCGGAACUGUUUUCCGGAUGAUCGACCUUCGUCCAGGCAAGGUCACCCCUAUGCAUCGGACCAUUAGCCUCGACUACGGCGUCGUACUUGAGGGCGAGGUCGAUCUUAUUCUCGACUCCGGGGCGAGUCGGCAUAUGCGUCGUGGCGAUGUGAGUGUGCAGCGUGGCACAGCGCAUUCGUUUCGCAAUCGCAGUAACUCAGAUUGGUGUCGGAUGAUAUUUGUGUUUUUGCCUAUACAGAAACUUAUUAUCAAAGGCCGGGAGCUAGAAGAAGAAGUAUAUAAUGAACAGUACGAAGCAUCGGCGAGUGAGUGA